UGAAUUGUGAAUGGCCGCGAAAAUGGCAGCGGCAGAGUUAAAUCAGAAACAUGUUUCAUUUGCUGAAAUUUCAAAAAGUAAUAUAUCACAAACAAUUUCGCAUAGAGAAAUCGAAUGCUAUCAGUUUAAGAUAAAAGAUCUGUUAUAUUAUAUAUGUUCUAUUUUUUUUCUUUUUACGGAUACUCUAACAGAUAGCUUUGCAUUUGUGCAAUAUCUUUUACAAGGAUAUACACUAUGGGGAUGUUUAUCAAUUAGUUUUACAAUUAUACCAGCUGGUAUUAUUCAAUUAUUCAGUUUAAGAUGGCAACAAAGUGAUGGUUCUGUCAAAUUAAUUCAUUGGAUAUCACAUAUUUUUUUCUUGGGAGUAUUCCACAGGUAUUUGAUUCUAUUAUAUACAGCUGUGUAUUCAUUGAAAAAUAAACAGUUUGUAAAAGAUAAGAAGUCAGUAUAUAGGAAAGAAAGUGAUAUUUGUAUGUUACAAUUAUUUGAAUCUUUUAUGGGAGCAGCACCACAACUUGUAUUGCAGUUAUACAUUAUUAUUGUAUUACAUGAUGCACCUAUUUGGACAAGUAUGUCAACUAUGGCUUCUCUUUGUUCUUUAAUUUGGGCUAUAGGAACAUAUAUAAAAGCCAUGCACAAAAUUAAUCCUAAUCACAAUAAUGAAUCUUGGAUAUCACUGAUGCUUCAAUAUCUUUGGAGGGGUGGAAUGUUAACAUCAAGGCUAACUGUGUUAGUAUUAAUAGCAAUUUGUUUAAAAAAAUGGUUUUCCUUAUUUCUUGGCUUGCAUUGGUUUUUUAUGACUGUUUGGGUAAUACUUCAAAACACAGAUUUUUGUUCUACUAUUUGGGAAGAACGUAUUUAUAAUUGUAUCAUAGGACUUAUUUAUUGUUUUGACUUUUUUAAUUUAUGCGAAGGAAAAUCUCGUUACAAGGUUUUUGCAUUUUAUUUUAUUAUAGUGAUCGAAUUUAUAUUAAUGAUAUUUUUUAUUGUUGGAGGUAUGUUAAUUGGUCUUAUAAGUAUGUUAUUAUACUACACUAAAUUUCAUCCAACAAGAAACUUAAGUUUACAUAAAGUUAGUAAUGAAAAUUCAAAUGUUAUUGCUACUAAUAAUAUAGAUACUUCUCGAUCUUUUAAACAAUAUUAUUGUGGUUCACUACCACAAUCUUCAAAUGUAUCCACAAGAACAACUUCUGAGGAAGUAACAGCUGACAAGCAAUUUUUGUUAACAAAUAUUGUUCAGAAUACCGAUUGCUUAGAGGAAGGUAUUGUUAAUGAAGCUUAUAAAAUAGAAAAUGAAAUAAAAAACACUGAGCACGUGGUUUCUAAAUGUGACAAAUCACCUGAAUCUUCAUUAAAAGAUAGGGAAACCUUAUCGCUUCACGAUAAAGAUAUAUUGACUAUUAAUUCGUGUCCUAAAUGCAAUAGAAUAGCUCGUAAUAAUUGUAAAGAUACAUUUAAUGCUGUCUGUAAAUGCAUUGAGAAUAUUACUCUUUUAGAAAAUAAUCUUUCUACAAUUCAUCAUAGAAAACGUAGAGGUAUUUGUUUACCCAUUACGGAAGAUUUAGAUAAGGAUAAAGAUUUUGACGUGAUAAAUUCUGAUGUACAUAUUUCUUCACAAAAACGUAGAAAUGUAUUUUCUUCAACUCAAGAUACACUUGCAAUUCAUACAGAUAAAGAAAGAUUGAAAUCUGAUUUCAAGCAUUGUGAAAUUCCUGUUGUAAACUCUAACAUAGAGUUAAAAUCUAACACAUUUUUAGAUAAUAAAAGGUUUUCUUCCUUGAAAGAAAAACUUAGAGAUAUUAGUGAUGUUUUGAAUACUAUAAGAAAUGAAGAAGAAUUACACAUUGCAGCAAUUUCUUCUCAUAGCGAUAAAGAUUCGGAUACAACUAAAUUAUCUAAAGAUUUGCAACAGAAAGAUGAGACAAUGAGUUGUGUUACGUCGAUUCAUGAUUAUGAAAAUGUAUGUCCUUUAGGAGUUGCAAGACCACCGUGGUGUAUACGUAGUUGGAAAGGUUAUACUGAUAUAGAAACUUAUCUCCAUGAUGAUAGUGUUGUCAGAGACAGACGUAGAGAUACUUUAACAAGUACAACUACAGGAACAACAUAUAGUUCAGAUUUUUCGGAUGGAACAUGUACAAGUUCUUUAAUAAGGAGAAUUUUAAAGCAAAAUGAUUAUUUAGAUAGUUUAACUUAUGAUUUAGUCGAUUCAAAUGAACUUAAAGUCAAAUGUAAUAAUGAUUUAUACACAUCAUCCAAUACAGAGGAACAAAAUGCAACAUUAUAUGCCGCAAAACCAAUAGUUAUAGAUGAUACAGGUGGAAUGUUUUCAUUGGAUACUAUAGUUGAAGAACACGAUGAUGAUGAUGAUGACGAUGAUGAUGAUAUUUUUUCUGUAACUACAAAAUCUAUAAAACCAGCUUGUACAUCAGUGAGUUCUCUUGUUAGUACCAUAGAUCAAAUUAGGACAUCUGCAGCAGAAAAUUCACCUAGGCAUAUUUAUCACAGAACAGAAUCACACUGGGGUGAUAUGACACAAAAAGAUUUAUCAUGUACAAAUAUGUUGUUUUCCGAUAAAUUACAUGAUAAUAUUAUAGAUGAUGCAAGCUCGACAAAAUCAUUAGAAAAAUCUCCAGAUAAAAUUGCAAACAAAUGUGAAUUAAAUACGAUUAGAGAAUUGGUAAAGUCGUGUACGAUAGAGUCAAUUAAAAAAACUCCUUUAAUUGAUGCUAUAUUGUCUGACUCACCAAUUUUAGGAAAUAAAGACAAAAUUCAAAAACACAUUAAUGGAACAACUAGUUCUCAUGUAUUUCAUUCAAAUGAGCAUGAUUUGUAUAUUGAAAUGAACUCAUUAGUGCCCGUAGCUAACACAAAAGAUACACGUAUUGACAUAAUAGAUGAUAAACCAUCUGAUUUAAAAGCUAUUGUUAAAAAUAGAAAUUUUAACGUAUCAACGGCUAUACCAGACAAAUCUGUAAAAGAAUCAUCAACAUCUGUGUGCUCUAAUAACGAUAUUAUCAGUCAUAAACAUUGUAACAAACAUGAAAAAACGAUUAAUUAUACGAAAAAAAAAUUAUCAUUAUUGAAAGAAAAAUUUGAACCUAAAUCACAGCAACUCGUAUAUAUGGUAACACCAAACAAUGGAAUAAAAGUAGAACAUAUGAACUUCUCAAAAAAUUCAGAAACAUUAACUACAAAUGUUUCAAUUGUUUUAAAAAAAACAACAGGUUUAUCUUUUACUCAUGAUAAAGAAAAUUUAGCUCCAAUUGCAACAGUAAAAGAUAAUAAUACUAAUAAAUAUAAUAAUGUAUACAUAGAAGAAAGCAAUAACAUUUAUGAAAAUAAAGAAACUUUAUAUAAUGUACAACUUAAUAUGAAAGAUAAGAGACAUGUAUUUUUAGAAGAAUUCUAA